AUGCAACAACAGCAUCAGUUAUUCGCCCAAUUGCUGCAGCAGCCGAAAUCCGCAUCACAGCCUUCCCAGCCGACAAAUAGUGUUCCCAGCAAUCCCGAGGUGAUUAUGGAUGCUUUAUCGAGUAGCAUCACGGAGUUUCGUUACGAGGCGGAAUCGGACGUAACUUUCGGUGCAUGGUUUGCACGAUACGAGGAUCUGUUUGCGCAGGAUGCCUCUCGCCUCGACGAUGCAGCUAAAGUGCGUUUGCUGAUACGCAAGCUGGGACCCGCCGAGUACGCGCGAGAGGGUUUCUGCAACCAACAAAACGGUAGGCGCCAGCGGCGAAAAUCCAAGAAAUGGAACAGGCGCACUCCGGUUGAGACGCGUUUUGUAACGAUCAACGUCUGCAAGGUGACGCAAACAAGAAAAUUCGUCGACCUUCUGAUCGGCAACAAGAAGGUGCGCAUGCAGCUCGACACCGGUUCGGACAUCACGGUGGUCGGACGGAGUGCAUGGGACCAGUUGGGUAGGCCAACAUUGAAGCCGGUAGGAGUAUGCGCGAGGACAGCGUCUGGCUCGCAGCUGCAGCUGGAUGGGGAAUUUACGGCAAGGGUAACGAUUGGCGACAGGACAAAGGUCAUCGUUAUUCGCGUCAUACAAGCAGACUUGCAGCUUCUGGGAGCAGAUGCGAUCGAGCAGUUCCAGCUCGGGUCGGUGCCAAUGGACCACUUUUGUAACGCGAUAAGCACAGAAGCGCUAAAAUGGGAAAGCAAGUUCCCUAAAAUGUUUAGUGGAAGUGGAUUGUGCACUAAGGCAAAUAUUCAGCUGCGGCUGAAGGAUAAUCACCGUUCAGUAUUUUGUCCCAAACGUCCGGUUGCAUACGCGAUGCAAGCUAUUGUGGAAAAAGAGCUAGACCGCCUGCAAGACUUGGGUGUUAUCACCAGAACGGACUAUUCGGAUUGGGCAGCCCCAAUCGUGGUAGUGAGGAAACAGAACGGCAGUAUAAGAAUAUGUGGAGAUUAUUCAACUGGCCUGAACUCAGCUCUCCAGUCCCAUGAGUAUCCACUACCACUUCCAGAGGAUAUUUUUGCAACACUUGCUCAGUGCCAGUUUUUCAGCAAAAUUGACCUUUCGGACGCGUUCCUGCAGGUGGAAAUAAAUGAGCAGUAUCGUCCGUUACUUACGAUAAAUACGCAUCGCGGGCUAUACCAUUACAACCGCCUGCCACCCGGGAUAAAGAUUGCGCCAGCGGCAUUCCAGCAGCUGAUGGAUGCAAUGCUCGCCGGAUUGAAUCGUACAUCCGGGUACAUGGACGACGUAGUCGUGGGAGGAAGAACAGAGCGUGAGCACGAUGAGAACCUGCUAAACCUUUUCCGGCGCAUCGAAGAUUACGGAUUUACCAUCCGCGCGGAAAAGUGUGCAUUCAAAAUGACUCAAAUUGAGUAUUUGGGGUUCAUCGUUGAUAGCCAGGGUCUCAGACCGAAUCCCGAAAAGAUAGCAGUAAUUCACGAGUUGCCGGCGCCAAGGAAUGUGAGUGAAGUACGAUCCUUUUUAGGAGCCGUGAAUUAUUACGGGAAGUUCGUUCCAAAGAUGAGAGACCUUCGGUACCCUCUGGAUGUGCUGCUGAAAAACGAGUCACAAUUUGAAUGGACACGCGAGUGCGAAGAUGCCUUUCGGAAAUUUAAAGAGAUACUGGCCUCCGACCUGCUCCUGACGCAUUACGACCCCAACGCGGAAAUAGUGGUUUCUGCGGAUGCUUCGUCGGUUGGUCUAGGCGCAACGAUCAGCCAUAGAUUUGCUGAUGGAUCGAUGAAGGUGGUGCAGCAUGCUUCACGAGCCCUAACGAAGGCAGAAGCAGGGUACAGUCAGAUCGAUCGUGAAGGUCUAGCGAUCAUUUUUGCCGUUAAGAAAUUCCAUAAAAUGCUGUACGGACGCCAUUUCCGGUUGCAGACGGAUCAUCGACCACUGUUGCGCAUUUUCGGCUCCAACAAGGGUAUACCUGUUUACACAGCCAACAGGUUACAGCGUUUUGCUCUGCAGCUUCAACUGUACGAUUUUAGCAUCGAAUAUGUUAAAACGGAUCAAUUUGGCAACGCGGACGUGCUCUCAAGGCUAAUAAAGGAGCACGCAAAACCAGAUCCAGAGUACAUCAUUGCAAGCGCUGAGUUGGAAGAGGACGUGAGUUCCGUUGUAAUAAACUGUAUUAACCUAUUUCCGCUUCAUUUUAGAGAUGUCGCGAAGGCAACGGAAUCCGACCCGGUACUGCGGCAAGUAACAAAAUACAUUAUGGAAGGUUGGCCGCGAGACAAAUCAUACGGCGAAGAUUUGGCUCGCUUUUUCCACAGAAGCGAGGCCUUAUCCACGUUCCGGGGAAGUAUUUUGUUCGGGGAGAGGGUGGUCAUCCCAAGAAAGCUACAGCGGCGUUGCUUGGAGCAGCUGCACGAAGGACAUCCAGGGAUCCAAAGGAUGAAGGCGGUGGCUCGCAGUUAUGUGUACUGGCCAAGCAUCGAUAGAGACAUUGCCGAGUACGUGAAAACAUGCCACGCCUGUGCAGUAGCAUCGAAGUCCUCCCCGCGUGAGAAACCCGUUUCCUGGCCAGCUACCAAGAAGCCCUGGGAGCGCAUCCACUUCGAUUAUGCCGGUCCAGUUGACGGUGAUUACUUUUUGGUAAUGGUCGAUGCGCAUACAAAGUGGCCAGAGGUGGUAAGGACGUGUAGCACUACGACAAAGGCUACUAUUGCGAUGAUGCGGGGCAUCUUCGCAAGAUUUGGCUAUCCCGAAACGUUGGUCAGCGAUAAUGGACCCCAGUUCGUAUCGUCCGAGUUUGAGGAUUACUGUUGUAGAAACGGCAUAGACCACGUGAAAACCGCGCCGUUUCAUCCUCAAUCGAAUGGGCAAGCUGAGCGUUUCGUGGACACGCUAAAAAGAAAAAUGCAAAAGAUCCACGAAGGUGGAGCCACACGAGAGGAAUCACUCGAUAUUUUCCUUGCAUCUUAUCGGAUGACUCCCAACCCGGUUGUAAGAAAUGGCCAAACUCCGGCGGAGGCUAUGCUGGGGCGAAAGGUUCGGACCGCCCUAGAACUAUUGAAACCUCCCUCCGCAGAAAAGGAAGCACCGCCAGUGGGCGAUAAACGGUUCGGUAGCGGUGACGCCGUUUAUACCAAGAUGUAUGCUAGAAACUCUUGGCGGUGGGUUCCAGCACGGAUUGUACGAGAACUAAGUACGGUGAUGUUCGAGGUGGAGACCGAGGAUCGCAAGGUGCAUCGACGUCACCUGAAUCAGCUUAGAGAGCGCGGUGCUGCCACGCCAAUUAAUGCACCUAGUAAUACCGUAGAGCCGAACCGAUUGCCGUUGGAUUUGCUCAUCGAUCCAGCGCCGCAGGAAACAAGGCCGAUUUCUCCUGCAGAGCAGCAAAUCAUCACAUCGGAUACGGUUGCAUCUCCACGUCCAGUCCCUUUCGUGACUAGCAGACGACGGCAGCCGAUACAAGAGCCACGCCGGUCUUCUAGGCCUAGAAGACCCCCACGUAGGCUCGACGAGUAUCGUCUAAAUUAA